GUUUGGUGCAUUUCGAAUUCCACAGAGCCAGAGCGAAAAUAGAGUAGAGGCAAAAGUCGAAGUAAUUUUGUAAAUUGUAGUUCUUUCAUCAACGUUGCUGUCGUUGGUUCUGCUCUUCGUGAAGAUAACAUCAUUGUGUGUUAGAAUGUAGAUGAAGAUGGGUAAACGGCGCCAUUCGCAUUCAGUGGACGAUGAUUUCAUAGAAAGAGAUGUUGAAGUUGAAAGUGUCGAAGAUGGCGAUGAUAGCUGUGAGUCACCGCGUAAGAAGCACAAGAAGAGUAAGCACAAGAAACACAAGAAAAGUGCCGAUGGCGGCCACCACAGUGAACGCCACAGCGAACGCCACAGUGAACGCCACGGAGAUCGCCGUGAACACAAGAAAAAGAAGAAGGAGAAAAGGCACCGAGAGCAGGAGACAGAAGGGGGGUCCGGUGGCCUCAAACUCAAAAUCAAACUUGGUGGACACACAGUCUCAACUGCAAACACAGACAGGUUACUGCGCCUUCUUACAAUCAUGCUCUGUGAAUGGUUUCCUUUUUCUCCAUAGCCUAGCGAAGUCAGAAAUUUUCACCGAAGAGGAUGAUGACGAAACCGCCUCUGACGACGGAGAUAUAUUUGAGUUGGAAGAGAACCUGGUACAGGAAGAACAUGUUGGUCGCAAGGAGAAAGAGGAAGAUGGUGAUGAGGAGCAGAAGUGGCUAGCUGCACUGGAGGCAGGUGAGCUGGAUGAUAGUGGUCAGCUGCGUUCGGAGCGCCACAAACCGUUGACAGCCCGUCAGCGCUCACUGAAACAAGAGCAAAUAGGGUUUCAGGAAGAGCUGAUGGAGCUGCCAAUGCGUCGGAAAGAGAAAGAGGUCACUGAAGAAAUGCUUGCUAGACGAUCAGAAUUGGCGCGCAAACGUCGACUCAAACAACAAAAAGAGCAAGAAGAAAUUAAGAAACAAACAGUCAAGAAGCUGAUCACCAAGCAAAGCAAGAAAAAAGACGAUGAAAAGGAAACGGUGACAAAGCGACUUGCAGGACCACGUGUCCAGUAUUCCUCAACUGCUGACAGCAUUGCCCUUUCGUAUCCCGAAGGAUUCCAAUUUCCUCUUGCUAGCCAGCGGGCAAGGGAACCGCCAAAGCCCAAGCUAUGUGCAGCACAGAAUUGUGAGAAAGUGAAGAAGUAUGCUUGCUCCUCUAAUGGUCUACCCGUAUGCAGCCUUGCCUGUUAUAACGCUGUCAAGGAUCAGCCGGCUAUGCCCUCUGCCAUGCCGGCGGCAUAGCGCUGCAGUGCAGUAUAGUGACUGUGUGUCUACGGAUGUUGAUAUGUGUAUAAAAUAUGUAUUUCGAAGUACAUUGUACAUAAGUCAUUGAAUAUAAUCAUUGCAGCAGCAGACUGCUACUCUCUCUGUAUAUAUAGUUAUUAGGGCCAUUUUGGUUCUGGCCGUUCUCCAUGCCGACUGCUGUUUUGUGCUUGUAUAUACCGGUAUGAUGUUUAUACCUAUCGUCUUCUCUUUCGCAUAUGCAUUCAUUUACCUUUAAUGGUUCUGAGUCCACAAUAUGUACAUACUAGCUUCUGCAACCAGUAAAUCAGUCAUGUUUGCAUUGGAUUAGGAUUACCGGUAUGCACAACAUUUCUACAACUAUAAUUAUGUGUUUGUCAGCACCGGUGUUCAAGUUGGUUAUGCACAAGCUUGGUGUUCAGCGUGGCCGAAAAACUUCUGCCAGGAGAUUCAACACUUUUUUUUAUUUAGUCCGGUGUGUUGUGGUUUAGACAAGCAUCAUCAUUAGUUCCGUUCCUAAUCUGCACUAUGCCGCCACGCUGUACUUGUUUUCUUGAUGUACACGUCGCAUGUCUUCCAUACCAUGCCUUGUCAGGGUACAGAAACACUCACGACGCAAGAUUAAUGCUCGGCUCAAACGCCUUGGGGUAAUGCCAGCAGUCCAGGCUAUCGGACUUCUUAAUAAAAUUUGCUGCAGUGUUUUC